UUGUGUGGAAACUAACUUCUCUUGCUCAACCCAUUCUCUCUUAUCACACAGUGAUCGCAAGCGCUAUAUAUAACUAAUUGAUUCUGCACUAUUUGUUCUCUUGCAGAUAUUUUCACUUGAUUAUAUAAAUUUAUAUAGAAACCCUAUGAACGAAAAAGUACUAACAAUAACAAUCAGCAAAACACCUUCUUGUAUGAAUAUAACAGGAGGCAAUUAUACUUUAUGUCGCGAUUUCCUGCCACCAGGACCUCCUAUUUACGUCAACAUGACAUCAUCACGUUACCUAGGCAACGCUACAUCCCAAGUCACAAUAGAGUGGCUGCCACCUUUGGCAAGCAGAAACCCUAUUCUUGGCUACUACCUUAUGUAUAACAACGACGCUUUUAAGCCUAAGCUACAAUCUUAUCGUGAACGAGUGAAAUGGGCUGUUGGAGCAAAUAUAACAUCUGUAGAAAUCGUGGUCAAAACAGGAAUCAGUUACAGCUUCUCGAUUGUAGCAUAUUCCAUCAAGGGAAACGGUUCAAUUCAUCUACUGGACUUCAUGGCGCCAUGGCCUCCCACACUAAAUGUCAACAGCACUAUCCCUCAUGAUACCCAGACGAGUGGUCAUGGGUUUGUAUACCUUGUAGUGUGUGGGGUGCUUCUUCUACUCAUCUUAUCUACCAUGGGAGGUGGUAGAUACGUGUACAAGAAACGAAGAGCACGUGAAGCUAUGGCAAUGAGGGUACAGCUACGAGAUGAGUUUAUUGAAGAAGGUCUAAUGCUGCCCAUGAUAGAGCCUGAUGAAUGGGAGGUGGAUUACAGUAGUAUUGUCCCUGGUGAAGAGAUUGGAUCAGGUGCAUUCGGUACCGUGAGCAAAGCGAGUGUGAUUGGUUUACCAGGAUUCCCCGACCAGAAAGAAGUCAUUGUAGCUGUCAAGACACUGAAAGCCAUGGCAACCUUAGAAGACCGCAAAGAUUUUCUGGCUGAAAUCGAUAUGAUGAAACAGAUUGGCAAACAUCUGAAUGUGGUCAGCAUGCUGGGCUGUGUUACUCAGGGGGGUCCCCUCUGUCUUAUCACCGAGUACUGUCGCUAUGGAAACCUGAAAUUGUACCUUCGAUCGAUAAGAGACAAGAAUAAAAAGCAUCCCCAUUUCAAGCUGGGUCCAGGCUUUUCGCCUACUCCAAUCUCUGGUCGCCGUAAAAUCAGCUUACAGAAGCAACGAUACAGCAAUACCUUGCCAAAAAAUAUAAACAAAGAAACGUCAACUGAGAGCCUCUCUACGAGGAACAAAGCGUUCUCCCUAUCUCCACUUCUGUUUAGAAAGAACAAAGCUUUGAAUGGAAAUACUUCGGAUAAGAAUUCAUCAAGGRAUUGCCUAUGCAUGGGUGCUUGUAACUGCAGCAGCAUAUCACCUACUCGUUCUCUUGCUUCAUCCUUGUGUGAUGAUUAUUGCRACGAACAAAGAAGAGAAAGCCUGAGUUCCUGCAUCAGUGGUAUCAGCAAUAACAACAAGAGAGGACUAUCCAAUGCUAACCUGUCAGUCUCUACUCAUUCCAGUAUUUUUGGCGACGAACCUUCGUCAAAACUCCUCUCCCCACCGCUGACACCAACCAAGGUACCAAACUCCGACAACUCUCCGACGAAGCUCCAAUCUCAAACCGAUUAUCACUCGGUCGGAAACCUUGCUGAAAUGAACRAGUGUUCAAUACUUCUCACGCCUCAAAUGGCCCGCCAUCCACGAAGAAAUUCUUUUGGAGAAAAAAACUCUCGAGAAAGGAAAGAUAUCUGUAUUUUUGUUACCGAGGCUGAGCCCGCAGUUUCAUUCUCAAGCGGUAAACAUACUCAAAACAAUGCCUCAUGGGUAGCUGACUUUGAUCAAGCACAAGUGAAUGGAAAGAGGACGGAAGAAAUUGUCUCUAAUGGCAAACAACUUAACUCCACAAGUAAUUCUAAAUCAGUAGUAAGAACGUUCCCAUCAGGAAACAUCUGUACCCCUUCUGAAACUAAAGAGRUCACUAAAGAAGACAACCGGAGAGAGUUGGGUCAAAAUGAACUGAUCUCUUUUGCAAGACAGAUAGCAGUUGGCAUGGAAUAUUUAUCACAGAAGAAGUUUGUACAUCGCGAUCUGGCUGCCCGUAACGUGCUGGUCUGUGAUGACAAUCUAGUCAAGAUAUCUGACUUCGGAUUGACGCGAGAUGUCUAUGAGAGCUUUGAGUACCACAAGUCUAAUAAUAUUGGAAAACUGCCUCUGAAAUGGAUGGCACCGGAAGCGCUGUUUGAAAACGUACACACAUCAAAAAGUGAUGUAUGGGCGUUUGGGGUGCUGUUAUGGGAGAUUAUCACACUAGGAGGAAGUCCUUACCCGGGUAUAUCUGGUAAGGAGCUGUACAAGAUGCUMAAGAACGGAUACCGCAUGGAAAAACCGGAAAUGUGCAGCUCUCAAAUAUACAACAUCAUGUUGUCGUGUUGGGCGUCGCGACCAGAAGAAAGACCUUCCUUCACUGAUCUACGCAACCAACUGGAACGAUUAAUGGAAGUAGAAGAUGAAGUGUACAUUGAYGUGAACUUUGAUGACGAUGAAUACUCUUUCCUUGUGCAAGACUCUAGUUCUGAUACAAGCAUAUCUUAGGCCUUCAUAGAUUCCCCCAUUAGUUUUCUAGCCGAGUCUCUGAGAUGGUAAUUUAUUUCACUAAUAGAAGCUAAAAUCCUGAAGUAUUGAGUUGUGUGGGUUGUGAAAUUCUGAAAUUUUCAUAAGCGUAGACAUAAAGAUAGAAGAUGUUGCUUCUGAAGACAACUGAAAACUCCUUUGGGUUAGGUAUUGGUGUUAUUAAUUAGCUUGCAUAUACAUCUGAACUCUUUCUUUAUUAAAACAAAACCUAUAGCAAGCCUCUCUGUAUUUGCACUGUCCCUUCUCACCCACUCUCAGCAACAGGCCACAAGGAUUGUGUAGUGGUGGUACACUUGCCUCCCACCCCCCGGGUCUAGGGUUUGAUAGGUCUCUCCCUUGAUUCAAGGAUUUUUCUCCUGGUUUUGUAGAACYCAACACGCUAAAUUUUAAUUUGGUCUGUGGGUUACCCUUAUCCUGGCUUAGAUUAUUUUGAUGUAUAGCUGUAGAUAGGUUUGUGUAUAUCUCAUUUGUAGUCAGUAUAAUUGUAAAUAUUGUUAAGUUUCAGUGCUAAUGGAUUUAUACUUCAGCAAAUUAUGCUUACAUUUGUCUAUUAUCCAAAAUGUUUAUCAUUUCCCGGCAAGGAAUGUACAAAACACAUUACAAUAAAAACCAUUACAAAUACCA